GAUGCGUUGUUGCCAGAGAAGGAGGUUUAUAAACGACGCCACAGAAGUUUCCUGUUGUGCGUAUCCGGAACCAUCAACGAGGGAAGACUUUCAUUGACGGACGCUUGUGUGAAGAUGUCGGACGUACCAGAUAAUGCUAAUGAACAUUGUCCAGGUACAACAAGUGAGCAAGCAGGAAAGACAUCAUCAUGUCAGGGCUGCCCCAACCAGAAGUUGUGUGCUUCUGGAGCCACCAAGGCCCCAGACCCUGCCAUAGCAGAGAUAGGACUGAAGCUGUCAACAGUCACACACAAGAUCCUUGUGUUAUCUGGAAAAGGAGGAGUGGGGAAGAGCACAUUCAGUGCCCAUCUGGCCCACGCCCUGGCAAGUGACAGCACAAAGGAGGUUGCCCUGCUGGAUGUAGAUAUCUGUGGUCCAUCCAUUCCAAGGAUCAUGGGCUUGGAGGGAGAGCAAGUUCACCAGAGUGGCUCAGGCUGGUCUCCUGUGUAUGUGGAAGACAACCUGGCAGUCAUGUCUAUUGGUUUCCUGCUCAGCAGCCCUGAUGAUGCUGUGAUCUGGAGAGGACCCAAGAAGAAUGGGAUGAUCAAGCAGUUUUUGAGAGAUGUGGACUGGGGGGAGCUGGAUUACCUCAUUGUGGACACGCCCCCUGGCACCUCUGACGAGCACCUCUCUAUUGUCCAGUAUCUAAGCUCCACCCACGUUGAUGGAGCUGUUAUCAUCACCACACCACAGGAGGUGUCGUUGCAGGAUGUGCGAAAGGAGAUCAGAUUUUGUCAGAAGGUCAAGCUGCCAAUCAUCGGAGUGGUGGAGAACAUGAGCGGUUUCGUCUGUCCGAAAUGCAAGAACACAUCACAAAUCUUCCCUCCCACCAGCGGAGGCGCUGAGCGAAUGUGUGCGGAUCUGAAUCUGCCUCUGUUAGGAAAGAUACCUCUAGACCCUCGGAUUGCACGUAGCUGCGACGAGGGCAAAUCUUUCUUCAACGUAGUACCCGACUCUCCUGCUGCUAAAGCGUACCAGAGCAUUGUGCAGAGUAUCCAGGACUACUGUUCCAACCAUGUGACAGAGGAGCAGAGCACCACCUGAAGACCCUCUGAUGGCGGCCAUACUGAACCACAGCACUAGAUAGAUAUGAAUAUGCUAUGGUAGAUAUGAAACACGCAUAGGAAAGCCCAUAACAUCAGUAUUGCUACGUUUAUUAAAGCUACAACAUAAUUGUAAUUCGUGACAGGCAGCGACGUUGGUAUUAGUUUGGUGAGGUGGCCAAAAUAAGCACUUCGGUCCAUUCUUCAUUUUCGAUUCUUGCAUUACAAGUUGUUCCUACUGAAGAUGUAAAUCUCUGAAAACAGGUUGCAAAUAUAGAAUUUAAAUUUCAAGGUGGAAUAAAUGAUUUUCCUAAAACAGCUGGGCACUGUAGUUGUUACUAAACAUAACUCUAACAGGAGAAAGUAGUAUAUUUGUUGGGGAGUCUUUUCAGCUGCGGAUUAAUACACAUGUCCUCAAGUGAGUAUUUACAGCUGCAGAAUAGUGUUUAUGGGAUUGACUCAAAAUAACCUUCAGUGCCCACGUUAAUGGGUAAUAGUAAAGGAACAUGCCACCCAGUUUAACGGUGUUGCUUAUUGAUGUGUUAACAGCAAACAGCAAAAUAGAAAACAAAGCUCUAUGGCACAGAGGGAGAAGAUAUAUUAACCCUGGGUUACACGGAGAGUGAUUAAUCAUGGAAUCAAUUCAUUGUCUGUUUUUGUCUUUUUAUGGGAUUCAUUGACGAUAAGAGAAAUAUAGAAUAUCACCAGACUUAUCUUUAUGUAAGUUAAAGUGCAGGCGGGGGACCAGUGCAGUGUCAGAGGCUCAAUUUGGCACAAUCAUACAUAUAAACUAUGUGACUUCCUUUGUAAGAUGAUACUGGCAAAUACUGUCACUACUGUUAAUACAUGGUAUUUGGGGAAGUUAAAGCUUUGAUCAUGUACUAGUUCAAGCAGUGGAGACGUUUAACCAUUUCGCACAAGGACAUUUUUCGGCUAUCAAUCCACUGGCCCUCAUUGACCCUGGUUGCACAGAAUCAGAUCGUUCCAAAGUCUGACCAUAAGGAGGAAGAGACUCACAUCCUUAUUGUGGAGGGCUUCCUGCUUUACACCUACGGACCAUUGAUCGACGUGCUGAACCAACGUUACUUUAUUUCCAUCCCAUAUGAAGAAUGCAAAAAGAGGAGGUACUCUAGGAACUACUUGGUGCCAGACCCCCCCGGUCUGUUUGAUGGCCACGUCUGGCCCAUGUAUCUGAGACACAAGAACAGAGAGUCAAAUGUGGCACCAAUAACUGGGGAUUGAACCCAUGUAGGUUAACCACUGAGCACACAUUUGAUUUUGCUCUGUCGUUGAUUGUAAUCAUUCCACCUUUCAAAUCAGCAGAGUUUUAUAGAGAGAUGUUAACCUUCCAUCUAAAGUUAAGUUUACAUCACAUUUACAUCACGAUUUGAGCGACUCUUCCUCGUAUAGAAUAAAUAUACCAGCAACAACAUAACUUGUAAAGUUGUAUUCCCUGUUUUGAAAUACUGUUGUCUAUGAUUCCAUUGAUUUUAUGUUAAAAAAAUUAUUUGGACAGAUGUUUAUGUAACGUACAUCACGUACGUAAUAAAAUACCAAACAUGAAA